UUUCUCUUUAAGUAGAUAUUUCCAGCUGUCUAUUGAAGAGAGCAGGAGGAAGGGAAACCUCACCCUCCUCUGGGAAAAUCCAGGCAAUUGCCUUGGCUUUGUGCUCAGUAAAACCCGAAUUUUGGGUAUUCCCGCCCAGAGCUUUGUUAUCCAGUGUCAGAGAUUUCUGUGCCAAGUACCAGGGCCAGAGGCCUCCCUGCUCUGUGUCCCUGCAAACCCCUCGGGCUGUGGGCACACAGCAGGUUCAGCUGAGGAAAUAAUGAAUUACAGAACUGAUUGGUACAGACCUGCUUUUCAAACAACCGUUUUCCUUUGUUUUCUCCCUAAAUGCCUUAUUUGCCUCAAGGAAGUGGAAAUAGAAGAAGACAGCAGUGGUGAUCAGGAUGAUGAGGAUGAGGACGAUGAUGAUGAUGAUGAUAUUGAAAGCCUGCCCCAGGAUCCAGAAACCUGCCUGCAGAUGAACCAUGUGUACCAGGAAGUUAUCAAGGAAAAGAUUGAGGAAGUGGAGCUGCUCAUAGCACAAAACAAAAAACAGCAGAAGGAAAUUGUGUGUGACUUUGGUGGUCCAAAAACAGCCAAGGCAGGAGAUGGCAGAAAUCUACCAACAAAUGUGUUUCUGGGUCAUUUUAUGAAGCCAUACUUUAAGGAUAAAAUAACAGGAAUUGGCCCUCCUUCCAACGAAGAUACCAAGGAAAAGGCAGCUCAGGGCAUCAAAUCCUUUGAGCAGCUGCAUUCAACCAAGUGGAAGACUGGGGAGAAGAUGCUGCUGCAGAAAUCCGUGGUGAGCGACCGCCUGCAGCGCCUGCUCCAGCCAAAACUGCUCAAGUUGAGUUAUUGGAAUCAGAAACUGGAGAAAGUCAAGACUGACACAGAAAAACAGAUCUUGGAAAAGCAAAUCAAAGACUUGGAGCAAGAAAUAGAAUCAAUUAACCAACUGCCGGAAAGUGACUUAAUAGGAAACAGAUUUGAUGAGCAUGACUGGGACAAAAUUUCAAACAUCCAUUUUGAUGGACAGCGUAACUCAGAAGAACUGAGGAAGUUUUGGCAAAACUGGGAACAUCCAAGCAUCAACAAGAAGGAAUGGACUGAGGAGGAAAUAGAGAACCUGAAGCAGAUAGCUGCUAAACACAAUUACCUGGACUGGCAGACCAUUGCCCAGGAGCUGGGGACAAACAGGACACCUUUCCAGUGCUUGCAGAAAUACCAAAUCUAUAACAAAGAUUUAAAAAGGAAAGAAUGGACCAAGGAAGAGGAUCAGAUGCUUUUAGAGCUCGUUCAAGAGAUGAGAGUGGGAAGCCAUAUCCCAUACAAGAAAAUUGCUUAUUACAUGGAAGGAAGAGAUUCUGCUCAGCUGAUUUACCGCUGGACAAAGAGUGUUGACCCCAGCUUGAAGAAAGGAGCCUGGACACCAGAGGAAGAUGCUGUAAGCUCCAUUCUCUGGACCUGGAAUUGCAGGAUGCUGAUGGCUGCAGUUAAGAAGUACGGGGAGAAGGACUGGUACAAAAUCCGGAGGGAAGUGCCGGGCAGGAGCGACGCCCAGUGCCGGGACCGGUAUUUAAAAGUAUUGCACUGGAAUGUAAAGAAAGGCAGGUGGAGCUUGGAGGAAGAGGAGCAGCUGAUUGAACUGGUUGAGAAGCAUGGCCUGGGUCACUGGAGUAAAAUAGCUUCAGACCUGAUACAUCGGACUGGCUCCCAGUGCCUGAGCAAGUGGAAACUCAUGGUUGGCUCUAAGAAGAAAAGAUCUGGGGCGAGCAAACGGUGCCACGCUGAGGAGAGCUCCAGCCCUUCAGAGAGCAGCAGUGAGGAGGACAUGGAGCUGGAGCUGGCAGACAGCUCAGAGGAGGAGGAGGGGGGCAGCACCACGGGCAAUGAGGAGUGUGCAGUCCCCAGCAUUGACCUGUGGAUACCGACAAGGACAGACACACAGGAGGCAACCAGGGAGAGAUACCAAAUCCAAUCCCUCCUCUCUGCUGCCAGGGCUGCUGCAGGGAGCAGCUGCAGUGACAUUCCAGGGGCAGGAGGUGACAGAGAUGAAGCUGCUGAUAAAUCAUCUGAGCUGAACACCCUGCUGAGGGGCAUUGCACAGCCCCAUUCCACAGAUGUGCUGGUGAAGAAUCCAGCAGAAGUGAUUGCCAAGGCUUCCCAGUGUGGAAAACAAGUGCUGCGGGUCAGCCUGGAGGAGGUGAGAAAAAUACUAAGGAGAAACACAAACUUCCAGAGGAAACUGAUGCUAAAACCUCCUGCCAGCCUUUUAGCCAAGCCCCCUGGCGUGGGUGCAGCUGAUGGCCAGGAUGUGCAGGAGCUGCCAGAGCGAGCUCGGCGCCGGGACAGGGAGUGCUGGAGGAGGCUGAGCCUCAACAGGAAGCUGCUGAUGGCAGUGACCCCUUGGGUGGGCAAUGUGCUGCUGCCCUGCACUGUGCAGGCUGGGAGCAUGGCUUUCUACCAGACAAAAGCUGCUGCUAUUCACGAGAAGGUGAAGUCAGUGAGCGUCCCCAGCACUCCCCUGUUUGCACUGCUGGUUCAUCUCUUUCAGAUUGAUACCAAAGGCUGCAUGAAGAUUAUUAAGGAGAGGAAGCUGAGGCAUUUGGAGCUGCUUAAGGCUAAUGCAAGGAGCCCUCAGCAGGCUUCCCAAAAUACGGAGACUUCUUCAGGCAACUCAUCCCAAGCUUGUUCUCAGAGGAAUUCCCAACAGGACAUCCCAAGGAAUGCUGUCAGGAGAUCUCCUGCCUUGAGAGCACGGGACUCUGCCACUGGUGCCUUGGAGAGCUGUGCCAGAGCAGUGCAGGGAGCUCCCUCAGCCCAGUGGCAAAGGCAGAAGCCUAAAACUGUCUCAGAAUUGCUGAGAGAGAAGCGUUUAAGGGAGUCCCAGGCCAAGAAGGCCAUGCAGAGGACAGUGCUGGUUGCCUCACAGGUGCUGGUUUCAGGACCUUUGAUAAUCCAGCACCCACCACAGCAAAUCAUUCCCUCUGUACAAGCAGGGAGCAAACCUGCAGCAGCUUCUGGGACAGAUAGCCAGGCACAGAGUUCACCAGUGCCCACAAGGACUUCUGCUGCAGGUUCUGCUUCUGCUCUUGUGCCCAAAAACCAUUCCUCAGCAGUGCCAGAAACUGGGGACAGCCCUGGUUGCUCAAAAGGGACAGAUCUACAGUCAAGUAAGAAACUAAAAGAGGAAGGUCUGGAGAGCAGCCCUGAAGGAGGGGUUUCUCUAGGUGUGAAUCCAGCUGCAGCAGACCAGGGAGGGUGCAAUAGUCAGGUCCCAGCCAGUAGCUCAGGUUCAGCAGUGGUGCAAAACCAGGCUUUAGUGCCUCAGCAGAUCACAGUGGUGCCUCUUGGCCUGGACUCUGGCACCAGCAAAUUGUCCCUUUCCACACCACUCACCUGUGAGCUGAAGAGUAACAGGCCACAGCAGACACCAGUGAGCCUGCUGCCUGCUCUUGUCACUCCACAAGCUGCUUCUCCUGUCAUUCCCAACAGCAUCCUGCCCUUCAGGUGGGUUGUGAUCUCCCAGGCUCUGCUCCCCAGUGCUGUGCAGACUGUGGUGAGUGUUCCUCAGGGAAUGCCAGCUGCUGCUGGGGAAAGUCAGUGUCAGACAAAUGUGACUUCCAAUGGCAGUGUCUCUGCUUUGGGAGGGACUCCUGUACCAGCUGGAGCAAAUCCACCUCACCCCAGCAGUGCAGAGACAAAAGGGCCAAGUUCCCAGCUGGCAGCAGCUCCUUCGGGAAAGGCAGCUGACCAGUCCACAAUUCACUUACCUCCCACCCCAGUGCGUCCUGGGAGCACCACGUCCAGCGUUUCUGCUGUAACCCCUGCGUGUUCAGAUGGCUCCUCCACGGCUCCAGAGUCUUCUGCAGCUCCAGCUGCCAGCCCAGCCCCGUGUGCCAUCGUGCUGCCCCAAACACAGCCCCCUGCCAGCACUCAGGGCUCUGAUUCCCAGCCUGUGCCCAGUGCCACCAGCUUGGGAAGGAGCAGUGACUCCAUCACAACAAACAAAUCCUCCUUCAAUCCAGACAGCAUCAGGACAGACACUGUGCUCUCGUCAGCAGCUGCAGCUCCUCACAGCAAUGUCCCAGGGAGCUCUGCUUGCUCUGAUGCCCAGGAGCUGAGGAGCAGACCCAUUGCCUCCAAACCACCGAGUGCUGAUGUUCCCCCCCAGCCAAGCACUUCCAGUGCAGAGAAGAGUCCCCUUGACUUCAGCCUGAUUUCCCUGGAGGACGAGGGGCUGGUGAAGGAAUAUCUGAGUGGGAAACAAGGGGUUCAGGUGCCAUCACUGCAGACCAGGCUGCCUUAUCUGCCACCUUUCCUCUGCAACAUAAAAACCCUCUCAAAGCUCCUUGUGCAGAAAGCAGCUCUGGAAGAGCAAGCAGCCUCUCUCCUGCCCUCUGAAGCCAGCGGGGACAGGGGCACUGGGGAUGUUUUCCAUGCUGUUGGAGAACUGGUGCAGCAGAAACUGGGUGAUAACCCUGCUUACCUCCUGCUGAAAGCCAGAUUCCUGGCAGCCUUCACACUCCCAGCUGUCUUGGCAACUCUGCCUCCUCCCAAAGUGACAACAACUCUGUCAGCCAGCAGGAAGCAACAUGAGGACAGUGAUGACGAGGAGUGGCAGAGUAAGAAAAAAGUGUCUGAGAAAGAGAGUUGUGGGAAUGAAUUAACAGGAGCACAGGAGCACUGGAGACAUGAGGAUGAGCCUGGAGACGAAGAUGCUGAUUUACUAAACCAGGGCAUUCGGGCUGAGGGGAGCCCUGCUCAGUCUGCCUUGGGCUCCUGCUCUGAUGUGGCUGAUGCCAGAGCUCCCCAAAUCAGGAGAAGUGCCCGCUUCAAGAAGAGGAGGAGGAUAUGAGAAGGAAAUGUAGGUCACUGGAAUGAGCUCUGCCUUCCUGCAUGGCAGGAGGAGAUAAUCUUUGCACUGUUCACUUUUACCACUUCAAUGCUGACUGGAUGGACCUGAGGAAGAGGAAGAUGCUGGAUUGAUUUUUCCCAUCCCUCAACAAAAUCUACAUCUGUAGGCAAGGUGUAAAAAUGAAGGAAACUGGCUGGAGGAAAAUCUCUCAGGCACUGACUUCUGUUCUUUCAAAUUCCCACCUGCCAUAGAUGCUGAGGGGGAAUAUUGCUGGAAAUCUGAGGAAACAAGCAAUGGUGGUUAUUUAUUUCCUUCUUGUUAGCCCCUAUUUAUGUGAAUGUUUAUCCAUGUUCAGAAUAUGUUAAUUAGGUGUUUUUUAGUGCUGUGACAGUGGCUUUGCUUGGUUUUUGCUUGGCUUUGCUUUCCACAGACUGAAUACUGUGGAAUAAGCAGCAGAUUAAUUUUGUAUCCAAAAGACUCUUAAGUAUUUGUUGAAAUACAGAUGUUUUAUUUUUCUCACUUAAAAAUUACUGAUGUGUUCUGUGUGUUUUUUUUUUCCUGGUAAAUAGUGCUUUUAAUAAUGUGUGUAUGAGAGUGAUUGCUAAUGAGAAAAAUGAAGUUUUCAGGCUGCAUCAAAACCAGGGAAAAUGGGGGGAAUGAAUAUUCAUGUGCCUAAAACUGCAUGAUUGA